AUGGCGGUGAGAAAGCCGCUGCUGGCGGAGAAGAAAGAAGAGGCAUCCAGCGCGUGUGCGUGGAAGGAGCCGCGAGGCAAGAGCGAGCGAGAGGAGGAGCGGCAGCGGGCUGAAGAAGGGGCAAGAGAAAGAUCAUCUGGGAGCAAAGCAGGACAAGUUUGGGCCCCUGAAGGAUCAACAGCUUUCAAGUGUCUUAUCUCAGCCAGGUUCUGUGCAGCUCUCUUAAGCAACAUCUCUGAUUGUGAUGAGACGUUUAACUAUUGGGAACCGACACACUACCUCGUUUAUGGAAAGGGGUUUCAGACAUGGGAAUACUCUCCAGCCUAUGCCAUCCGCUCCUAUGCUUACCUGUGGCUUCAUGCCUUACCAGCCUUGUUCCAUGCUAGAGUUCUACAAACUAACAAGGUUCUUAUCUUCUAUUUUCUCCGAUGCUUCCUGGCCUUCCUGAGCUGCAUUUGUGAACUCUACUUCUACAAGGCUGUGUGCAAGAAGUUUGGGCUACAUGUGAGCCGGCUGAUGUUGGCCUUCUUGGUACUCAGCACUGGGAUGUUUUGCUCAUCUGCAGCUUUCCUCCCGAGCAGUUUCUGCAUGUACACCACGGUGAUUGCCAUGACUGGCUGGUAUAUGGACAAGACCUCUGUAGCAGUGCUGGGGGUGGCUGCUGGAGCCCUUCUGGGCUGGCCCUUCAGUGCAGCUCUUGGGCUUCCUAUUGCCUUUGACUUGUUGAUACUGAAGCAGAGGUGGAAAAGUUUCCUAAACUGGUGUGUGGUGUCAUUGGUCCUGUUUUUGGUGCCCUUGGUAGUUGUGGACAGCUAUUACUAUGGGAAGCUGGUAGUUGCACCUCUCAACAUUGUUUUAUACAAUGUCUUCACCUCUCAUGGACCUGAUCUCUAUGGUACAGAACCCUGGUCCUUCUAUUUCAUCAACGGCUUUCUGAAUUUCAAUGUGGCAUUUAUUUUGGCUCUGCUUGUGCUGCCACUGACUUGUCUCAUGGAGUGUCUGCUUCAGAAAUUUCAUGUUCAGAAUCUGGGCCGUCCCUACUGGCUGACACUAGCUCCUAUGUACAUUUGGAUCAUGAUUUUCUUCAGUCAGCCCCACAAAGAAGAGAGGUUUCUCUUUCCCAUCUAUCCCCUCAUCUGUCUCUGUGGUGCUGUGGCUCUGUCUGCUCUUCAGAAAUGUUACCACUUCAUAUUCCAGCGCUACCGCCUAGAACACUACACAGUCUCCUCCAACUGGCUGGCUCUGGGGACUGUCUUUCUCUUUGGCCUUUUGUCAUUGUCACGCUCUGUUGCCUUAUUCAGAGGCUACCAUGGGCCCCUGGACCUGUACCCAGAAUUUCACAGGAUUGCUACUGACCCAAGUAUUCACACUGUGCCGGAGGGGAGACCAGUUAAUGUCUGUGUGGGAAAGGAGUGGCACAGAUUUCCAAGCAGCUUUCUCUUGCCAGAUAAUUGGCAGCUCCAGUUCAUCCUGUCAGAAUUCAGAGGCCAGUUACCAAAACCGUUUGCCAAGGGGCCAAUGGCCACACGGAUCAUUCCCACUGACAUGAACGACCAAAACAAGGAAGAGCCAUCUCGAUACAUUGACAUUUCCAAAUGCCACUAUCUGGUGGACUUGGAUACAGCAGCUGAAACCCCAAGGGAGCCAAGAUAUUCCUCCAACAAAGAAGAGUGGGUAACCAUUGCCUACAAGCCAUUCCUAGAUGCUUCCAGGUCCUCAAAGCUGCUGCGUGCAUUCUACGUCCCUCUCCUCUCAGAACAGUACACAUGGUAUGCAAACUAUACUAUUCUGAAAUCCCGGAGGUUGAAGCAAACCAGGAAAAAAAUGGGAGGCUAGCAACACACCUGGGCAACAAAACCAAAAGCAUCUGCUGACACUCUUGGACAGCUGCCCUAAGCCAUCUUCAGUUCCGUUUUUGAGAGAUUGCGCUUGUAAGAUUCACUAAUAAAGAUUUCCCAUGAAGUGAUUUCGCGCUGCA